AUGGAUACCAUUCAGACUGUUUUGACACAGGAUACCAUUCAGACUGAUUUGAGACAGGAUACCAUUCAGACUGAUUUGACACAGGAUACCAUUCAGACUGCUUUGAGACAGGAUACCAUUCAGACUGCUUUGAGACAGGAUACCAUUCAGACUGCUUUGACACAGGAUACCAUUCAGAUUGCUUUGACACCAGAUACCAUUCAGACUUCUUUGACAAAAGAUACCAUUCAGACUGCUAUGACAAAAGAUACCAUUCAAACUGCUUUGACAAAGGAUACCAUUCAGACUGAUUUGACACAGGAUACCAAUCAGACUGAUUUGACACAGGAUACCAUUCAGACUGAUUUGAGACAGGAAAACAUUCAGACUGAUUUGAGACAGGAUACAAUUCAGUGUUAUUUGAGGCAGUAUACAAUUCAGACGGCUUUGACAGAGGAUACAAUUCAGACUGCUUUGACACAGGAUACCAUUCAGCCUGCUUUGACACCAGAUACCAUUCAGACUUCUUUGACAAAAGAUACCAUUCAGACUGCUUUGACACAGGAUACCAUUCAGACUGCUUUUUACACAGGAUACCAUUCAGACUGCUUUGACACAGGAUACCAUUCAGACUACUUUGACACAGGAUACCAUUCAGACUGCUUUGACACAGGAUACCAUUCAGACUGCUUUGAGACAGGAUACCAUUCAGCCUGCUUUGACACCAGAUACCAUUCAGACUUCUUUGACAAAAGAUACCAUUCAGACUGCUUUGACACAGGAUACCAUUCAGACUGCUUUUUACACAGGAUACCAUUCAGACUGCUUUGACACAGGAUACCAUUCAGACUACUUUGACACAGGAUACCAUUCAGACUGCUUUGACACAGGAUACCAUUCAGACUGCUUUGAGACAGGAUACCAUUCAGACUGCUUUGACACAGUAUUUCAUUCAGACUGCUUUGACACAGGAUAUCAUUCAGACUGCUUUGACACAGGAUACCAUUCAGACUGCUUUGACAAAGGAUACCAUUCAGACUGAUUUGACAAAGGAUACCAUUCAGACUGAUUUGACACAGGAUGCCAUUCAGACUGCUUUGACACAGGAUACCAUUCAGACUGCUUUGACAAAGGAUACCAUUCAGACUGAUUUGAGGCAGUAUACAAUUCAGAGUGAUUUGAGGCAGUAUACAAUUCAGAUGGCUUUGACACAGGAUACCAUUCAGACUGCUUUGACACAGGAUACAAUUUAGACUGCUUUGACCCAGAUACCAUUCAGACUUCUUUGACAAAAGAUACCAUUCAGACUGCUUUGACAAAAUAUACCAUUCAGACUGCUUUGGCAAAGGAUACCAUUCAUACUGAUUUGAGGAAGUAUACAAUUCAGAGUGAUUUGAGGCAGUAUACAAUUCAGACGGCUUUGACACAGGAUUCCAUUCAGACUGCUUUGACACAGGAUACCAUUCAUGUUGCUUUGACACAGGACACCAUUCAGACUGCUUCGACACAGGAUACCAUUCAGACUGCUUUGACAAAGGAUACCAUUCAGACUAUUUUGACACAGGAUGCCAUUCAGACUGAAUUGAGACAGGAUACCAUUCAGACUGAUAUGAGAAACGAAACCAUUCAGACUGUUUUGACACAGCAUACCAUUCAGCCUGCUUUGAUACAGGAUUCCAUUCAGACUGCUUUGACACAGGAUAUCAUUCAGACUGCUUUGACACAGGAUACCAUUCAGACUGCGUUGACAAAGGAUACCAUUCAGACUGCUUUGACACAGGAUUCCAUUCAGACUGCUUUGAUACAGGAUAUCAUUCAGACUGCUUUGACACAGGAUACCAUUCAGACUGCUUUGACAAAGGAUACCAUUCAGACUGAUUUGACAAAGGAUACCAUUCAGACUGAUUUGACACAGGAUACCAUUCAGACUGCUUUGACACAGGAUACCAUUCAGACUGCUUUGACAAAGGAUACCAUUCAGACUGAUUUGACAAAGGAUACCAUUCAGACUGAUUUGACACAGGAUACCAUUCAGACUGCUUUGACACAGGAUACCAUUCAGACUGCUUUGACACAGGAUACCAUUCAGACUGCUUUGACACCAGAUACCAUUCAGACUUCUUUGACAAAAGAUACCAUUCAGACUGCUUUGACAAAAGAUACCAUUCAGACUGCUUUGGCAAAGGAUACCAUUCAUACUGUUUUGAGGAAGUAUACAAUUCAGAGUGAUUUGAGGCAGUAUACAAUUCAGACGGCUUUUCCACAGGAUUCCAUUCAGACUGCUUUGACACAGGAUACCAUUCAUGUUGCUUUGACACAGGACACCAUUCAGACUGCUUCGACACAGGAUACCAUUAAGACUGCUUUGACAAAGGAUACCAUACAGACUAUUUUGACACAGGAUGCCAUUCAGACUGAAUUGAGACAGGAUACCAUUCAGACUGAUAUGAGAAACGAAACCAUUCAGACUGUUUUGACACAGCAUACCAUUCAGCCUGCUUUGACACAGGAUUCCAUUCAGACUGCUUUGACACAGGAUACCAUUCAUUUUGCUUUGACACAGGAUACCAUUCAGACUGCUUCGACACAGGAUACCAUUCAGACUGCUUUAACAAAGGAUACCAUUCAGACUGAUUUGACACAGGAUACAAUUCAGACUGAUUUGAGACAGGAUACCAUUCAGACUGAUAUGAGACAGGAAACCAUUCAGACUGAUUUGAGACAGGAUAACAUUCAUACUGAUAUGAGACAGGAUCGCAUUCAGACUGAUUUGAGAGAGGAUACCAUUCAGACUGAUUUGAGGCAGUAUACCAUUCAGACUGCUUUGACACCAGAUACCAUUCAGACUUCUUUGACAAAAGAUACCAUUCAGAUUGCUAUGACAAAAGAUACCAUUCAAACUGCUUUGACACAGGAUACCAUUCAGACUACUUUGACACAGGAUAUCAUUCAGACUGCUUUGACACAGGAUACCAUUCAGACUGCUUUGACAAAGGAUACCAUUCAGACUGAUUUUACACAGGAUACCAUUCAGACUGCUUUGACACCAGAUACCAUUCAGACUUCUUUGACAAAAGAUACCAUUCAGACUGCUUUGACAAAAGAUACCAUUCAGACUGCUUUGGCAAAGGAUACCAUUCAUACUGAUUUGAGGAAGUAUACAAUUCAGAGUGAUUUGAGGCAGUAUACAAUUCAGACGGCUUUGACACAGGAUUCCAUUCAGACUGCUUUGACACAGGAUACCAUUCAUGUUGCUUUGACACAGGACACCAUUCAGACUGCUUCGACACAGGAUACCAUUAAGACUGCUUUGACAAAGGAUACCAUUCAGACUAUUUUGACACAGGAUGCCAUUCAGACUGAAUUGAGACAGGAUACCAUUCAGACUGAUAUGAGAAACGAAACCAUUCAGACUGUUUUGACACAGCAUACCAUUCAGCCUGCUUUGACACAGGAUUCCAUUCAGACUGCUUUGACACAGGAUACCAUUCAUGUUGCUUUGACACAGGAUACCAUUCAGACUGCUUCGACACAGGAUACCAUUCAGACUGCUUUAACAAAGGAUACCAUUCAGACUGAUUUGACACAGGAUACAAUUCAGACUGAUUUGAGACAGGAUACCAUUCAGACUGAUAUGAGACAGGAAACCAUUCAGACUGAUUUGAGACAGGAUAACAUUCAUACUGAUAUGAGACCGGAUCGCAUUCAGACUGAUUUGAGAGAGGAUACCAUUCAGACUGAUUUGAGGCAGUAUACCAUUCAGACGGCUUUGACACAGGAUACCAUUCAGACUGCUUUGACACCAGAUACCAUUCAGACUUCUUUGACAAAAGAUACCAUUCAGACUGCUAUGACAAAAGAUACCAUUCAAACUGCUUUGACACAGGAUACCAUUCAGACUACUUUGACACAGGAUAUCAUUCAGACUGCUUUGACACAGGAUACCAUUCAGACUGCUUUGACAAAGGAUACCAUUCAGACUGAUUUGACACAGGAUACCAAUCAGACUGAUUUGACACAGGAUACCAUUCAGACUGAUUUGAGACUGGAAAACAUUCAGACUGAUUUGAGACAGGAUACAAUUCAGACGGCUUUUUACACAGGAUACAAUUCAGACUGCUUUGACACAGGAUACCAUUCAGCCUGCUUUGACACCAGAUACCAUUCAGACUUAUUUGACAAAAGAUACCAUUCAGACUGCUUUGACACAGGAUACCAUUCAGACUGCUUUUUACACAGGAUACCAUUCAGACUGCUUUGA